GUCAUGGAUGUGAUUCAGCAUGAUCAGGCAUUACCUACUAAUCGGAUUGUGACUGGCGAAUGCAACAGUGAUGAAAAAAUUGGACAAAUUAAAAGAGAAUUGACAGGUAUUCAUCCAAAACUGGUCCCAAGGAGCACAAAACCCUGUUACAUGAAUCACCAUGUUACAGGAGAGCACAUGGCAUACUCUGUGGGCAGUUACCUAAACACCUACCAAAGUAACAGUACAUUUGGCGAGCAAGAAUAUUCCCCACCAAGUUUGACAGAUGUACGGUUGCAUGAUACUACACCAGUGAGCAUCUCACAUGGAUUAAUUCCAAGUGGAACAAUAUGUCCAGACAGAUCUAAGAAUUUUUCUUCUAAUGAACUGGAAAGUGUGCUUUCUCGACCUCAGUUAGAAAUUAUGGAACAACCAAAGCAGAGAGGAAUGCGAUUCCGUUACCAAUGUGAAGGGCGUUCAGCAGGCAGUAUCUUAGGAGAGAGCAGUAAUGAGCAGAAUAAAACUCUUCCUGCAAUUGAGUUUUUGAACUGCAGAGGGGUAAAAGAAAUCGUAGUGAAAGUUUCUCUGGUAAUGAAAGAUGAUCCUUACAAGCCACAUCCUCAUGGUCUUGUGGGUAAAGACUGUCACGAUGGCAUCUGUGAAGUUCAUAUCAACCCUGAGAAGAGCACUAAACACAGCUUCUCUAAUCUUGGCAUUCAGUGUGUGAAGAAAAAAGAUGUUGAAGAGGCCUUGGCACAAAGGCGUAAACUUGGAAUUGAUCCCUAUAACACAGGUCACUGUGUCAACAUUCAGGAUACAGAUAUGAACGUUGUGCGACUGUGUUUUGAAACAAAAUAUCUGGACAAGCAUGGUCGUUGGGAACAUCUGAACCCAGUGCUGUCAGAGCCUGUGUACGACAAGAAAUCUACAAAUACGUCUGAACUGAAAAUAAGUCGUAUGAACAAGAAAAUGGGACCAUGUAAUGGAGGGCAAGAAGUCUACUUGUUAUGCGAUAAAGUCCAGAAAGAGGAUAUUUCAGUUAUAUUCAAAAAAGACAACUGGGAAGCAAAGGCUGAUUUUUCUCAGACAGAUGUCCAUCGGCAGGUAGCCAUAGUCUUCAAAACACCACCAUAUAAGGAUCUGAACAUCUCAAGCCCAGAGACUGUUGAAGUAUUUCUGAAAAGGAUAGCAGACAGGGAAUGCAGUGAUCCAGUUGAAUAUACGUACCUUCCAAUUGAUAUUGAUUCUUAUCAUAUUCAAAUUAAGAAGAGGAGAGAAAAACCAGACUUCUUAGAAGAUUUUGCUGAUCCUCAUGAAAUUAAUAGCAAGAGGAAGAAAAAGAAGCCACUGUACACUGACCACCUAAUGCCUGUUAAUUCUUACAGUACUGCAAAAAUAUCUUCAUGUUCUGAUGAAGACAGGAAGCAGUCUAGCCAAGAGUUUGAUUGCAGUUGGACUUGGAAUUUGCCUCCCGUUAAUACCAUGCCUUUACGCGAGGACGUGUCAGAAACAUAUUUACAGAGUUUAAAUGGAAUGCCUGGUUGUUUAGACCUUUUUCCUGGGAAUCCUCAGCUGAAUACUUCUUGUACUGACUUUGAUCUUCAAUAUGGAAUGUAUGACUCAACAGGCAUGGCAAUAAACUUUAGUGGCACAUCAUAUGGAUCCAGUUGCAUACCACCUGAAGAAUCAGUAGCUAUGAGCCAAGACCGGGACCACUAUGAAGACAUUUAUGUAAGCAACAUUAAAAGGGAGUAUGACCAAAGCUGUCCAUCCCUUGCUUUUAAUUCCUCCAUGAGCAGUUUUGCACAGACUCAAAACCCUGUAGGAACUCUGGUUGCACAAAGUAUUGAAAUUAGUGUGCUAGAUACUGACUCAAACCACAAUACUUUUAAAUCUGACCAGACAUAAUGAAACUAAUUUACCAUGAUAGACUUGCCCUUACAGUCCUAGCACAGCAUGUGACCCAUUAGCACAGUGCCCAGUUAUGGCAUUAAUACAUGGUCUUUUCUGUGUGUUGCUUAAAUGCACAAGAUCACAUUUAGAAAGAAGACUGAAGCAUGGAAAUCACAAUAAUUCUUCUGUUCAGACUGUUUAGCUUUCUUGGUACUUUUGUAGCCACAUGUAUGCAUUACCAGUUGUCUGCAGUUCUCCUAAGGUUAUAUGUAGUAAAAAGUGAGCUGUUACAAUUUUCUUUGCCUAUUUUUAACUUCCACUAGUAAUAUGUCACAGCUGCUGUAGCAACUAAGUUAAUGGGCAGGUAGACGGCAUACUUGUAACUCCAUCAGUAGUAUCUGUAUUAAAAACCCAUGUGUAUAGCCUUUUGAACAUGACUUGUGGUUACUAAUAAUCCUGCCAAUAAAAUGUUUUAUUUCAGUA